AUGGAGGUGGGCGAGCUGCAGAAGUGCGCCUUCAAGGCGAUGUUCCCGGCCGCCAUUGCCGACUUCCGGCCUUUCCGCUCGUCGCAGGUGUGCCAGGAGCCGGUCGUCGUGCUGUCGGUGGAGAGAUACCCGCGGGAUCCAGGAAGCGGGGGCGGCCUGUGGGAGGCGCCGGGUGGAGGCGACCUCUACGACCUGAGCCUGUCGGAGGGCCACUGUCGCCUCCGGGCCGUGCUGCAGCCGUCUCUCAACUGGAUGGUCCGCCGCAACCUGCUGAGCAGCGGCUGCGAGUUGAGCGAGGUCCGCCUCGGCCUGCAGUACGACGAAAGGCGCCUGGGAGUUGGCGUGCAGGUCUUCGUGCUGCUGGAGGCCCAGGUGGUUUCCACGGGAGGCUGCGGGGCGACCCCUGCCGUCCGGAGGCUGAAACCGCAGAAGCUGUAUGUGUUCAACGAGGGCACCGAGCUCCCAUUUGGCCCAGAACUGCCCAUCAAAGCCAAGAGGCGCUACUACCUACCUCUGUGGGAUACUGUCGAUUACAAUGGGGAGGCUUGGCACCGACACCCGCCUGGACAACCCAUCCAGCAAUUUGAAGGAUCUUGUAGCAUUGAUGUAAGACUGCUUGAGGGUUACACCCAACAGAAGAAAAAGGAUCUUCCACCAGUGAUUGUUCGUAUCCUCCGCAAGUUCAGACUUUAUCAUUUCGGACGGCCUGACAAAUAUUCAGAAUGCCCGUUCCAGGCCAAAUUCCUAGUAGCUGAUAAAUCGGGCUCAGCGACACUUGUGCUGUGGAAUUCCCUGUGUAUGGAUUGGUACAGACAUCUAGAACCAGGGAUGGUAGUGCGCCUGCACAAUUAUGUUGUGAAGAAAAGUUACACCACACGUAUGGGGCACCACCCUGAAGUUUCAAAUGAGCCAGCCCUAGAGCUAAAUUUAAACCCAAGGAAUCCAGCGGCUGAAAUUACCGUGAUCAAUGCCAAGAAUGUUAGAGAAGAAUGGCACUUACCAGAGCUGCAGUAUUGUUUUGCCACCAGGAAGGAAGUAUCAGGGCUUUGCGCUGGAGAUUUGUGCAGCAUCGUCGGCUUUGUUACUUUUGUUGGUAGACAGGAGCGCAUCCGAAACAAAGAGCGACCUGACGAAUUCCUGGUUUAUCGCUGGCUGCACCUGCUUGAUGGAACAGCCUCAGAACCUUUUGUCCUUAAGCUUUUCUCAACCUCUCAGCCUGAGAUUCAGAGUCAGAUAUCCCCAUGCAGCCUGGCAGACAAUACUGUGACCUUGCUUGUGUGUACGAAUGUUAGGCUGGAAUGCAAAAUGAUCGAUCCCAGCGGACAGACAGCAUUUCCUUACCUGCAAAGCACCGAGUACAGCCAAGUAUAUGUCAAUGGUCAUCAUCAUGGGAAAUUAUACGUGAAAAACCCAAAGGUAAAGGAGUUUAUUAAUUGGAUACAAUCUGCCAAGGAUCAAGAAAGGGACACAUUAAGCCACACUCAGAUUGGUGGAUGUUACACCUAUCCUCCCCUUCCUCCAAGCGAGCGGGAUUAUCGACGUGAAAUACUUGGUAUGUCUCCCUUGACUACGAUGUCUGAAUUGAAGCAGUACCUGAAUCAGCUGGAGUAUCGAGAGUAUAGGCAGGUCACUGUACAGGGACGAAUCAAAUCUGUAAAAUACCAGUUACUGGGCAGAAUGGAUGAAGAGUUUACUGAAGUCUAUAAUGCUGUUGGAGGAACUGAGGAGUGUGAAGAAUUACUUGAUGCUGACCAGCCAUUUCGGGGCACAAGAGGAAACAAAAGUCCUGUAAUCCCUGUCAUGAGUGGACCUCCUCCAAAAAAACAAGCGGGCUUGUCAAAGAAAAGAAAAAGAAAAGGCGCAUUCUGCGAGAGAAAAUGCACACCAGUGAGACUCGGUAAGGAUACAGAAUCAACUGGGGAGGAAGAGAAUCCAACUCACCAUCUACGAAAACAUGAGAAGGACAUGAACCGUGAUGCAAGUCCUGGGAAAGCUCUAAACUUCAUAAAAGCAUGUGAGGAGUUCUGCACAGACUCUGAUGAUAUGGAGGAGACGCCAAGUGCAAUGAGCUUAGCCCAUCCCAUCUUCUCUUGGACUGCCUGCCCGUCACAGCAGGAGCACAUCGCCCAUCGCGGAGACAUUUCCCAAAUGGUGGCUCGUCGCUUCCACUUCAGAGACAAGUCCUUGCUCCUCAAAACCUUUGGUCUCCAGCCCUCUAAUUUUUCUGGAAUCCCAGCAGGUCAGAUUGAGGAUCUGGAACACUGUGAACCAGCGUGUUGCUGCGGAUACUACACUGUGACCAUUUUAGGACUGAAUGAAGAGCUGUCUUUAGAUGCCAUCUUUCUCCCUAUCAUUUCCAGGUUGGAUCACAGAGCGAUGUAUCCUGCCAAGCACAGCAACACCCUGAUCUCCAUUCUGGCUCACGGAGGGCCAGCAUCCAGCCAGACCUGCCAUACUGGCACAGACAGUGCAGAGAGCUCUACACCUUCCCCUGGUGACAUUCUCAGAUCUGCAGUUGGUUUGGAGGAAAUGCUGUUCAUCUUUAUCCUCGAUAUCUGCAAUCAAGGAGGCACGAAUGUUGAAGUUGUUCUCAAUCGUGCCUAUGUCCAGCACAGAGCUCUCUGAACCACUCAAGCAUUUUUGUUUCUUUUUAUCCCCCAACAAUAUUUGCUUGGACUGGAUUGAAUGCAGUUCUCAGUCACAUUGGAAUUUUAAUUUUGUUUUGUUUUUUUCUGUACUUAUAAAAAGAAAAAAAAUCUGUUCCUAUGGAACUGUAUCAAUCUUUGUCAUCUCUUCCCAUUACUACUACUGAAGUCUAAUUGGUGAACAAAGACCCUUCUCUCAACUGCCCUCCCCCACCCCAAAACAUAUACACAGGAGUGUUUGAUGGCAACAGUGUGGAGAGAACCUUAUCUAAUGUGUCCUGUAUCUGCCUCUCACUGACUAAGAGGUGUUCAUUCACCAGCAGUUAAGCAAUGGAAAAAAUUGAUUAAAGGUUUUUCAUUCCUCUGCCCAUGAAUUGCUAUAUGAAGAGACUGUGUAUUGACAUUUUGACUAAAGGCUAAGGUUUCAUUCCUGUCAAGUUCCGAGUUGACCGAUCUGAACAACUGACCCAGGUAAGGUCUGGCAUCAUAGGAAAGAUGGUGGGGAGAGAAAUCAAGAGGAGGAGGAAAAAGAAAUCUGUUAAGCAAUUUAUUUAUCAUUGACAUGCUGGGAAUUCUCUUAGCAAAUAUGGGUUUGGUUUGUAUGUAUUUAAAGAACAGGUUAAAACAACUCAAAA